AUGAAAUGUUUAGAAGCUAAUAGAAGAUUAUUUUCAAGUCAAAUCGGUGAUUAAUCAGACAGCAUUUUCAAGCAAGCAGACUAUUUCGCAUAAGGUCAGUCGAUUGAUACAGAGACAAUCUCCUAAGCAGCUUCAAGUGCUAAAGAAAUUCCAUAUGUUUCUACAUAUGGAUUCUGGGAGUACGUUGCAUAUCUUGAUGACACUUUCUACGGAAUGUGGAUCACUGCUGCAGAGAAUUUAGGAAUGGGUAUGGGACUAGGAUUAAUUGCUAGCAGUCUACUUACCAAAGCAGUGUUCACUCCUAUCAUUAUCUACUCAAAUAGAGAGGCAGCUAAAAUUGAAAGACAGAAGAUGAAGUUUUUAAGAAGACAACACGGAGUCUACCCUUUGAUUUCAAUGCUCAAUGUUUUCUAAAUGCCAGUCCAUUUGGUUUACAUUUCCAUGAUCAAUCGACUCUCAUUUAACUACGACUUGUGUCCAAGCAUCCUAACUGAUGGGUUUUUGUGGUUCAGAGAUCUAAGUGCUCCAGACCCAUAUGGCAUUCUUCCACUAAUUGGUGGUUUAAUUUCACUCCUAAACAUCUUGUCAACUUCAACGACAAGCAUGACUCCAACAAUGAGGAAAAUCAGAAGAUACGUUUAUUUCUUGCCUCUUAUAUCAGCCUUCAAUCUUUAUUGGAUCUCAUCAUCAUUAAUUCACUUGGUCAUAUUGAACUUAUUUAGAAAUGUUAAGUUUAGAAACUUCAUCGGAAUUCCAGAGUAUCUUCCAGGCACAAAGCUAGAAAGAUUGAACAUGAAAUAAUCAGUAGAAGUCUUAAAACCUAAGAUAUUUACUACUCAGCCCUCAACAAAAGAUAAAGCUAUCAAAGCACAGUAGGAAAGCUGA